AUUGGAAUUUUUUCCCUCUCGCGUUGGCAGCAAGCCAAGUUCGGAAUCGCGGAUCGUCUCGUACAAGAGUGAAAAAGUGCUUUUCUCGAUCGGUAUUGCGUCCGUUAUAGUAAGCGUUACGAUUCGAUUGCUCGGAUACGUUCCGGGGCAUGUGCCAUUGAUUGUGGUGACCAGUUUUCUCUCAAAUGAAUCAUUUUCACGCAGUACAAAGUUGACUUCCAAUGUUGGCACGUGUUUGAGGUUAGAUAUAUCCACUGCUUUUUUCCUACACGGCGGUUCAUCGAAAUUCUUUGUGACAACAGAAAAACUACGGUUAUACGGACUAUUAGUUACGUAAACGAGCGCUUACGGCAAAGCGACGACAACCCACAAUAAUGACCAGCGCGGAUCGAAUACUAACGGUUGCGCUGCAAACCAACUUCGACCUACGGCGUUUGUCAAACGGCUCCGGUGGAAUCUGGCAAUGUUUACUGUAUUUGGCCGACACAAAACCCAUUGAGCCGAAAUGUCCGCCCACCAAGGCGGAACUGGAGGAAGCCGGUCUACUUCCGUCGCCCCCAGAGCGAGAAAAAAAAACCGACGAGGAGCCCAAAGUAGAUCCGGAGGUGCUGUUUGAACAGAUGUUUGAAUUGGAUAUCGAUUAUUUGAAAAGUCUGGAUCCUAAGGACUGGAAAAACCAGGAUCAUUACGCUGUUUUGGGGUUAAAGAAAAUGAGAUUUGAGGCUACUGAGGAUGACAUUAAGCGAGCCUAUCGGAAGAUUGUUCUCAAACACCAUCCGGACAAGCGGAAAGGCUUAGGGGAGGAGGUAAAACAGGAUGACGAUUAUUUUCAUUGCAUCACGAUGGCCUAUGAAACGCUGGGCACAUUGAAAAAUCGACGGGCUUUCGAUUCGGUUGAUCCGGAGUUCGAUGAUACGCUGCCUUCGCAGAGCGAGACUAAGAAGGACUUCUUUGGUUCGUUGAGGGAUGUUUUCCGGCGAAACUCCCGGUGGAGCGAGUCCAGAAAAGCGGUUCCACAGCUUGGCGAUGAAAACACCGAACGUGCCAAGGUUGAACAGUUUUACGACUUUUGGUAUAAUUUCUCCAGCUGGAGAGAGUUCAGCUAUCUGGAUGAAGAGGAUAAGGAGAAGGGUCAAGAUCGAGAAGAACGUCGCUGGAUAGAGAAGCAGAACAAGGCCAUACGUUUACAGCGUAAGAAGGAGGAAUCUGCCCGUAUACGAUCGCUGGUUGAUUUGGCUUACAAUAACGAUCCGCGAGUUGUGAAAUUCAAGAAAGAGGACAAGGAUCGCAAGCUGGCGGCUAAAAGAGCAAAGCAAGACGCCUAUCAGGCUCAGAAAGCCGAAGAAGAACGGCUGGCAAAGGAAGUCGCACUAGCGAAACAAAAAGCUGCCGAAGCAGAACAGAAGCGUAUUGAAAACAUUCAGAUUGAAAAGGAGAAGAUUAAACGUGCCUUGAAGAAGGAACGCAAGUCUUUCCGGGACACGGUCAAAGCAAACGAUUAUUUUGUGACGGACGAAAAAGAUCGUCUGAAACAUCUGGAAGGAGUCGAAAAGCUGUGCGAGUCGUUGAAACUGGUAGAACUGCAGGAGUUUAAUAAAGAGCUCUCUGCCAACGGUCGUCCUGUGUUCAUGCAAGCUCUGGAUGAUUUGGAACGAAAACUAGAAGAGGAACGUCGAGCACUUGCAGCUCAAAGUCAAGCUAUUCCGAACAACGCCGGUCUGAAAGUGGUCAACCGGAAGGCUCUUUGGAAUCACGACAAUGUACAGCUACUUAUCAAAGCUGUUAAUCUGUUUCCCGCGGGAACUAUCUCUCGCUGGGAAGUCAUUGCCAAUUAUCUCAACCAACAUGGCACCAAUCUGGGCGAUUUGAAAUUUUACGCCAAGGACAUUUUGAAUAAAGCCAAGGAACUGCAGAGCGGGGACUUCUCCAAAAGCGAUCUCAAAACCGUCGUCAAUCAACAGGCGUAUGAGUCUUUCGAAAAGACACGCAAAGAUUUGAAGGUGGUCGACAAAGCGGAGAUCAGUACAAAAGAUGACGAAACUCCAGCAUCGAUAAAAGUAACGAAACAGCCAACGGCGAACGGUCGUUCGGAAGAGCCACUGACAAACGGAACACAUGAAGCUUCCUCCGAAGAGAAGGAAAAUAUCGUUAGUGCUUCCCAUCAACAGUCGAAGCCAUCGUCUACCCAAGCGGCAGACAAAAAGGAUACUCCCGCACCAGCGAAGGAUUCUGCCAAAAAGGAGAAAAAGGAAAAGGCGGAGACAAAGGUGUGGAGCAAAGACGAGCAAGCACUGCUGGAGCAGGCCAUCAAGACUUAUCCGAUCUCUACGCCGGACCGCUGGGAUCGGAUAGCGGAAUGCAUCCCGAACCGAACGAAAAAGGAGUGUCUGCGGCGGGUAAAGGAAAUCGUCGAUCUGGUCAACGCUAAGAAAGAAGCCCAGCAGACGCUUAAGUGAAACGUGCGAGCUCGCUUGUCGAAAAUUAACAAAGCAACAACAUCUCAGAUAGUACAUCCGCAAACAACAAUAACAACAACAGAUACGAGGGUCUGCUGCUAGCUAAUAAUCACUAUUUGAUUUAUCCCCUGCGACUAUUUUAUGUUAGUAUUUGUAAAUAAAACAAAAACUUUAACUUAAA